AUGGCGGCAAAUCAGGAAAGUUUUGGGACAAAAAGAGUGAGAAAUGAUACACACUUCUCUCUCAACCAGGAAAACAAGAAAGCCGAUGAAAAAUCUAAUGGGGGAUUAGAGUCCUUUGCCAAUGAUACAACCUUACACGGAGCAAGAUUUUUGUGCGACAAAAAUAUCUUCAGGAGAGUUUUAUGGACCUUGGUCCUCAUCGGCAGUUUUAGUUACUGUAUUUUUCAAGUUUAUGAGACUUUGGUGGCAUUUAGUGAGCGACCAUUCAUUACAAAAGUUUCAACAAGUACAACUGAAACCAACGAGUCUUUUUUCCCUGCUGUGUCGCUUUGUAAUCUGAAUGCCUUUAACACACGAAGAUAUAGAAACGCAUUAAAAUACCACCAGUUCAGUGAACCUUUGAUCGAGAAAAAAAUUCAAGACAUGCUUGUUAUUGUGAACAAAGACAAAAAGGCAUUUAACGAUGAGUUUGUCAAGCGAAAUCCAGAAUUUUUUCGACGUCAAAAAACUGCAAACAGCAGAAUUGUGGCUCGAAGUAAUCUUAGUCAUCAAAUCGAAGAAAUGCUCCUUCCAGUAAGCCCACAGUUUCAUUCUUGCUCUGUAAAUGGGAAAAAGUGCACAGCAAAUAACUUUACGAGUCACAUGAGUUCAGAAUACGGAUUGUGUUACACGUUUAACUCUGUGAAAAGCGGUCGACCGUUACUUCAUGCAACGUUAUCUGGUAAAAAUAGUGGACUAAGGCUUCUACUUAACAUAGAAAGGGACAGCUACUUGAUUACUAACAUUCGCCCAACAGUUGGUCUUGCAAUUAUUAUCCAUGACCAGAAAAGUUUUCCUUUCAUGGAGGACUUUGGUACCACCGUGCAGCCAGGCAUUUCAACUCUUUGUGCCUUUAGGAAAAGAAAGGUUAGAGACUAGCGAGCUAUCAUCCGUAUUUGUUACAAAAAUAGCGCUAUAUUAAACAACUAUUCCGCGAGAACGAAUGGGCUCUCAGUCAAUAGCCCAUGAGGCCGAGUUUUAGUAAAAUCCAACUAGUUGGUCAAAAAUAUCGAGAUAAAACAACUUUAGCUAGCAAAACGCGAUUCAGCCACCAUUGUUUUGGUUUUCAAAGCGGGCGCUUUUCUCAAUUAGAGGGCUAUAACGUGUAGACUAGUGGUGACUUAGCCAAUCAGAACGCAGCAUUGAUAAUAGACCACUAGUAGGAUUUUACAAAGACCUGUUUAAUUAUCCUAGAUAGACAAGACGGUUUAACUGGAGAAGUUCAUAAAAAAAACCCAGUUAGUCUGUGGCUUGGUUCCCAGCAAUUGAGAGAUAAGUGAUCUUCUUUGCACUGAAACGAAUCAAGGAAAAAUUUCGAGUUCCUACAAUCUUAGACAAAAGUCCUUGGGACAGUGAUUCAAUUUUGAGCCCCGCAGUCCACCGAGCUCAUUGUCAAGCUUGAGCGCCCAUCCAAAGACGCACGACUAAGUUUAUCUUAAAACUGCUUUAUUCUUCUAAUAUAAGUUAUAAGUCUCGUUUACAAACUCUAAACCUAAUACCUAUUUGUUACCGGCAUAAACUCUUAGAUCUAACCUUUUUUUUAAAAUUGACACAACGGUCUUGAUAACGUGAACUCCUCUGUGACCUACCUGAAGUUCGCAAAUACGGUAGACGCACUAGAUCUUCACCCAGUAAUGUUAAUAAAUACAAUAAUUAAUUAAGAAAUGUAAAACUACUGCGUACCAGAAAUCCUUUCUCAUUAGAACUAGUAGAAUUUGGAAUUGUUUAGCGGAUGAACUAGAUUUGAGUUCAUCGACCUUAACUUCCUUUAAAUCGGUUAUUUUUAAUCAUUAUAAGUCCUCGUUAGCUGUUUCCUAUGAUUGUGAAGACCCACUUUCGUUCAAGUCUAUCUGUUUAAAAUGUAAUAGUGCUCGUCCCUUGUCUCGUCCAAUAACUUGUUGUAUGUGGCUGUAGUUUUCUUUUAUCGCUGUGUUUUUUAAUAUAUUUUUUUAUUAUUAUUAUUAGUAUCCGGGACCGCUAUAAUUGGCCACAGCUGUUGCGGUGUCCCUGCCAACGUUCUUUCUGUUUGUUUGUUUUAUUUUGGCGAAGCUGAUAAAAUAAAAAAUAAAAAAAAUAAAGUAACUGUAAAACAGUGCAACGUCUUCAAAAAUAUUUUGGAGUUCUCCCUCCCGCCCACCCUACAGAAUGCUCUAACUCGGGAAAAGUUUGGAAACAAACGUUUAACGUCGUACGUUCUUUGUGGGGUGGGGGAAAGGGGUAGGGCAUGUGUGAAAAAGAGAAAAAAUAGCUCAUUGGCUGUCAUAAAAAUGACUUUAUAAAAGUUCUUUCUGGUCAUUAAAUAUGGGUCUCCUUAAAUGAAAACAAAAUCGAUGGUGAAUACAGAAACCAAAAAGGGGUCAAAAACAUGAGUUUCCGCAGCUUUUUACUAAUUAAAAAAAAACUUAUUUUCUUACAGAUAGUUAACUUGAAAGGAGGCAUACUUUGUUUAACGUGUUUGUCUAGUGACCUGUACAAGUUGUCGCUACAAAUACGGAUGUGUUUCUCUCGGACGUACUAUUUUACGGCGUUACAUUACACUGUCAAAAGAUGCGGCUGUACACCGACUGAAUUUAAAGGUAUAGUAAUGGCUCUUCAUUUUUUACAUUAAGCUGCCUUCGUGGACGUUUAAUAUCGAGUAAUAAGCGAGCGAGUUCACUGAAUCAUGAGGUUUGCCGUUACUGAAAACAACAAUACCUCUUCCGACAGACCAAGAUGGUUUCCUUCGAUAAAAUUGAGAUUAAUUUUUUAACGGUUGGCCUGGAUAACAAAUAUUUUUUUCUGAGUUCUUGGCUUAACCACUUUUUGACUUGAGAAUUUCGCUCGCUCUUAUACGGGUCCGUGAAGCCGGACACCUUCAUAGAGGACUUUUGAUAAGGCAAAAUUAAGAAGAUAUUCUAGCAACAAGUUGCCAAAAUAGAAUUAAAAAUAUGUAAAGGAAGAAUUUAUUAAAGGAUAUUAAAAUAACGUUAUCGGAAUAAAUUUGUUUGUUUUCUUUUUGAAGCGGAUGCUCCGAUUUGUGCGCUGAAUGACACUGUGCUCUGCGUUUACAAUUCCUAUGGUGAGUCUGUAUUAUGGGGGAUCACGUUAUAGCGGUUUUCGUGUUAAUUAUCACUCUUAUCGUGAGUGAUAAACCCGUUUAUCAGGAUUAAAUGCAUGCGACGGACGUUCAGCGCCAAGCCCAUGUAUAUAUGUGAGUUGCUGCCACGUGGGAGUCAUAAUGCGAUUCUAGCCAGCUGACGCGUUGAACACGAAUGUAAGAUUUCUUGUCCCGUCCCUCCCUCCUUGAGGGUAUCGUGCGGUGGUCUAGGCUAUAAAAGGAACCCCAAAGAGAGUUGUUGUGUAUUUACUACUAUUAUAAUGAUAGAUCGACCAAACUACUGGUACAAGGUAACCUCUUAUGAAAUGAGCUAAUCUGAGUUAAAUUUAUUCAAUGAUAUAUUAUAUAUUUCAUUGUAGAAGAGUUUGGAGCCUCUAGUGAAAAAGAAUCUUGUGACAAGAACUGUCCUGAACCCUGUGAACAUGUGGAAUACGAGACUUCCUUCUCUUACAGCGCAUUGCAGCCCGAAAGCUUCGUCGAUCAUCUCAUGGAUUUCCUUAAGAGCAAUGACACGUCAGUGGAUCGAGCGAUUUACGAGCCCCUGUUGAACAUGACACCAUCUGAACGAGAGAGAUACAUUGAGUGAGUGCUUUACUUAGACUGGUAUCUCCAACUGGAUGAGGAAAUACGUGAACUAAUGUAUACUAGUAAGCUUCCCUUGUGGAAAAGAGAGGGCGAACAAACAAACCAAAAAGCUGGUUGUUUUGCAGUCUAGUGGAAGAAGUGCAACCCGGCAAACAAAUGCAAACUGGCAGAUUAUAGAAGCAAGAAACAAACAGAUCUGGUUUAAAUUACUCUGUUCGCUCUUUGCUAUCCAUUCGUAGUUUGCUUAGUUUGCCAUCACAGAUACUCCAGGCAGAGGGAGGAUACUUAAUCAGUCGUAAUAAAUGAAGGUAAUGGAUACAACAAUUGUCUUGACUAGUAUCUGUCGCACUGCGACUCCAAUCGGAGGCAAAUGGAGUACCAACCUCGGGUACACUUAAAAACUUGAUUUGUUUUUGUUUCGUGUUUCCUAACUUAAAAAUUAAUUUUCUUCAUAUGUGAAUUUUUUUUUAAUCCAGAAAGAACAUAAUUUCCUUGGACAUCUAUUUUGAAGAUCUGAGCUACGAAAUCAUUGAACAGACGCCUGUUUACGAGACCUGGACUAUGAUCGGUAAGGCUCGCUCAUGACUUGAAAACUUAGCACAUUGUUAUAACUGAACUUACAGUUAUCAAUCUUAAGCAUUCUCGCCAUUUUCCUGAAACGUCCAAGGGGAGGGAGGAGGCCGAAUGGCAAACAGUUAACCACGCAGAAUUAUCAAUUGAGACCCCUGAAGGAGUCGCGAAAUGAUCGAGUAGCGUAAGACCUUUCACCUCUGCAAAGGUUCCGCUACAUUCCAGUUAAAAAUGCGUGAUUUACGAUGGGAAGAUCCCCUGCGAACUUUAUUAAAUUCCUCUCCCCAACCUCCCGUAGACACAAAGAGGAUUUGUGUAGGAUUAGACUGAGGAAAAGGUUUAUGGAAAUCACUACCAUGUAUCCCCAUGUAUACAGACUGCCUGUAAUUUCUUUUAAAUUAGCCUCCGAGGCCUAUCACUUUCCUUUGUUGAGUAAGGACCGAUCGAAUCUUGAAUUAUUUAUUAUUUAUUGUAUAGGAAGCCUGGGUGGGACAUUUGGUCUGUUCCUGGGAAUGAGUUUGCUCACCAUUUUAGAGUUCCUUGACUUCAUCUUCGCAAGGAUUUGUCACUUGCUUCAAGGUCUCCACUCUGGCAACAGACAUACUGGAACCAUUCAUGCAGAGUUUUGA